AUGCGCACAGCAAACUAGCAACAGCAACGUUUCAAGCCAAGUUAUUUACAGAUGUCCAAGUCUUUGGUGAGCUCUCUGUCGAGUGGUGUUCUUCAGUGAUGGAUGCGACGAUACGGCCCCUCAGAAUCCCACCUGAAAUGGCCAUUUAUGCAGAGAAACAUGACAUAUUUCACCUGGUCCAGACACUAGUGAGAAAUUUGAUGGUGGACAAACCAGAGGACCCCAUUCAACACCUGAUUAACUUCUUGAAAAGGGACAGUGUUGUGCCAAGAAUUAUAUUGUUAGGUCCUCCAGCGUCCGGGAAGAGAACCAUAGCUAAAAAGUUGUGUGAGCACACACAGGCUAUUCACGUAACUUUAAGCGAUAUCUUAAAUGAUGACAGUGACUUAAGCAGAGCUGCACAGCAGGACCGAGACAAAAAGCAGAAGAUCCCUAAAGACCACUGGAGACAGUUGAUUCAGCAACGCCUGUCAAAACUAGACUGUGUUCGACGGACGUGUGUUUCUCCGCCUCCCUUGAGGACUGCUGGGAUGGGUCUCGGGGAAUGCAAGACUGCUGUGCUGAACUAUGUCUGUACUCCACGUCAGUCUGCCUCACCCUUCACUCCCAGAAUCCUACUGUUUGGACCCCCAGGUUCAGGGAAGAGUCUUCAGGCAAAACUGAUUGCUCAGAAAUAUGGCAUUGUCAACAUUUGUUGUGGUGAGCUUCUGAAGGCUGUGUCAGCUGAUGAGAGCCAUAUGGGGGAGCUCAUUAAACCCUACCUGGAGUCAGAACAGCAAGUGCCAUCAAGUAUAGUCCUGCGGAUCCUUACAGAGAGACUGAGCAGGAUGGACUGUACCACGCGAGGCUGGGUGCUCCAUGGCUUUCCUCAAGAUGUGGAGCAGGCAGAAGAACUUCAAGAGUCUAAUUUCAUACCGAACAGGGUCUUCUUCCUGGAGAUGACUGAUGACAUUGCUAUCGAGAGGGUAACACUUAGGGGUUUGGAUCCUGUGACUGGAGAAUGGUAUCACAGCAUAUAUAAACCUGCUCCUGGUCCGGAAGUUCAGUCCCGGCUUCGAUUUAACCCUCGGCAUUCAGAGGCACAGCUGCAAAAGAGGCUUAAGGAGUACUGGAACCAUGCAGCGGACCUGCAGGCCAUCUACCCACAGGCAGUGUACAUCAACGCUGACCAGGACCCACACACUGUGUUUGAAUCACUGGAGAGUAGGCUAGUAGGCCGACUACCUAAAGUCCAGACUUACUGAGUAACAUUUGAGCGCUAAACACUGUUAUUACUCCACCCAAAAACAUUUUCUCUCAUCAUCUACUCACUCUCAUGCCAUCCCAGGUGUAGGACUUUCUUUGUUCUGCUAAACAAAAUAAUUGAUUUUUAGAAAAAUAAUCCAUCUCUCUGAGUCCAUAUAAUGCAAGUGAAUGGCACCCUCAAAGCUGAUGCUUCAAAAUCCACACAAAAUUAGCAUGACAGUAAUCCAAUACAACCCUUGAGAAUUAAUCAGUGUCUUCUGAAAUUAAAUGAAAAGUGUGUGAAUAGAAGAAUAGUAAUAUUUUCAACUUUUUAUACUAUAAACCAUUGCUUCUGGCCACUCUAGACAACUAUCAAAUGCAGGUUCAUGAGUUUACUUUUGAUGUAAACUUUAGCACGUUGUGAAGCAAGACAUACGCCCAUUGUGAAACUCAUGCAAGUGGUGAUGCAAGACAGUAGUUGACAGCAAUGGUUUAUAGUUUUAUGUUUAUAUAAAAGUUUAAAAUAUUAAUAUUUUCUCACACAUACACACACUUAUUGUUUUUCUUCAGAAUACAUUGAUUCAUCCGCUGGUGUUUCAUGUGAUUUGCAUCAACUUUGAUGGUCCCAUCCACUUGCAUUAUAUGAAUACACAGAGAUGGAUUGUUUUUCUAGAAAUCACCAUUUGUGUUCCACAAAAGAAAGAAAGCCAUAAACUUCUGA